UGCAAGUUUACACAGAGUAUAUGAAUCACUGAACCCGUUUGCCUUACGGGUUGUGCAUUGCUUUACUACGUACAUAUGCAUUCGAUCGAUUUGAUAAAAGCUCGAAGACGGUCGACAUGUCUGUAUCCAAACGUAGAAGUCGAAGAAGCAUAUAUAAAGACGAGGGAGAAGAUGACGACGAUGUGAACAAAGGCUCCGAUUUUGUGUCUGUUGUAUCUGAUGUCUCCUCAGAUAUUGAAAGUGACUACGAUGUCUCACCAGAUUUUGAAAGCGAUUCUGAAAAUGAAAGGCAAGAUAUAAAGCCAAUGAGCAAUGGCGAAGACGAAGUCGAAAAACUUUUGGCAGGAUGUAAAGGGCUUUACACAGUUCGAACGGAAGUAUCCACACCCCGCAAACCAUUGGUAGGGGUUGACUUUGAUCCAGCAUGGGACAAAAAGAUAGCAGGGGGAAACAAUGCUCGACAAGACGACUUUUUGGCAGAGGAGGUAACGAGUUGUAGUGAUUCCGAGAGUGAAAAAGAAGAUGAUAAGACAACGAGGUUAAACCCCGUGGUCGCUUGCAUAUCUAAAAUGACACUGUCCCCUGAUAUUACCCUCGAGUACCCCGAUAAUUACCACGUGGAUCGUACUCGAGCAAUCACGUGGUCACAGGAAAAGAGGGCUGACGAACUAAGGGACACCACUCUGCGAUUCAUGGAGAAAAUGUGCACGGAUAUUUACACUUUAGUAGAUAAAAGAGACAAGAAGAAAGUUCUAGUGUUUAAUCAGUCAGAUGAAGCACUGGUCACCUUUUCUGUCAAAGUUAAUAGAGACGACAAAGAAGAAGGAUAUAGGUAUGAGGCAAGGAUAAAGAACAAGUCCAACUGGGUAUCCAGAGUGGCCCAUUGCGAGGGGGACGAAAUAAAAUUCCAUGCAACAGAAAUCGAGUCCUUCUACAUAAUCAAAAUCCCUCAAAAGGAAAGGGAAAUCAUUAAACCCGAGGGAAACAUUCUCUCUUUUAAACACUCAAAGAAGGUGUCUCUCGAUAUGCCAUUACAAACUGUGGAUACACCUCAGGACAUUGAUUUGCAGCUCAGUAGUGUGGACAAACGUGGAAUGGUGAAACGGCACAGUUUAUUCCCAGAGAAGUUCAAACUUCAAAAAAUAUCUCAAAGGUUGUUUGUCGAGCAUGACAUUGAUAAGUUUAACAAAGCCUUUUCUGUGAAGCUAGACUUAGAGAGUUUCCGAGACAGCACAGACGCUUGCACACUAGAACCUGUGGCAAUCCUAUGGGAUGGGGAGGAACCUACGAUAAAGCCCAAGACUGAGUGUUCUUUGAGUUACGAAAAGAACAGAGUCGUCAUGACAAUGAAGAAUUUACCAAAUAAAUCAGGAUUAUCAGUUGGUUUAGUUGUCCCUGGGGUAGUAGACAAAGAUGAGGUCAAAUUAGCCUACGCCGACGUUUUCCUGUGUAACAUAACCAUUCAUAUAAAGAUUGUCAAUCCUCAGGAAGCCAUGCUUUAUAUCAACUGCGUCAUGAUAGAAAACUUACCAACCUUCCUUAAACAAAAUCAGUCCCUGGAUUUGAUAGGCACAUCCGAAGACUUCUAUUUAAAAAAUUUUCAUAGAAUUCGUGUUCAUCUAUCAGGAAAUUCCGAGCGGAAAAAAUCAAGAAAACAAAACAAGCUCGAUUGUUUCAUAGUGUUUUCAAAUCGAGCAAAGGAGAACUGUUUGUCUUUUACAAUAUUAAAGCAAACACGGUUGGGUGGGAGUCCGACUACGGUUUUGGAAUUAAGUUUAGACAGUGGUCCAAAGAAGAAAAUACAUCGACAAGAGUUUGACCCGUGGAUGCUCAUGGGAAAAAAACCCGGAUUUCCUGAUAAAAACCCUGCACUCAGAUUAUCUAAAGGACUAACAUUUGAUGAUUUUAAAUCACCAAGGCCAUUUUAAAUGUUUUGUAAUUUGAACUUUGUUUUUCAAAUGUCAUCAUUUCGGGUGGUCUAUUUCUCAAAGAACACACAAAACAUACUCAAUGCAAACAGUUUUAACACCAUUUUUUCUAGAUUUGACUAUCCUUACAUUUUGAUGCAAACAACAUUUAACUAACGUCAUCUAAGUACGGUAGUUUAAAAAACAUAAACUUUUUUUUAUUCGGAUAAAUAAACCAAGCAAUAAAAGUAAUUUAAACUAACAAACGCCAAAAGAUAAAAGUGAACACCCAGUGGUUGUACUUACUUACUUUGGCCUGUCGUUCCGUGAGGACCUUAUGCCAUCAAAGACUGCCCUCCAACAAACAUGGUUCUAGGCUACUUGUGCUGCAAAGUUCCAGAUCAUGUCUUCUUCAAUUCAGCCUCCGUGUCCCGCCUGUAGGCGUUUCCGCGACGUUCCCUCUUUCUCUUGACCUCCGAGAUCCAGGGAAGGGCUUGGCGUGUGGUGUUUAAUGUUGGCUUCCUUAGAGUGUGUCCAAUCCAGCACAAGUUCAGUCUAAUUUGUAUGCCCAUUGGCUCCUGUCACGCUCUCUUCCCAAAGUUCUUCAUAUGUGAUCCUUUCAGGCCAUCGGAUGUUGAACAAGCGCCCGAGACAUAUAUAGUAAAAUGCCUGAAUCUUCUGGAGAGUCGUUUUGCUCAUUCUCUAUGUCUCUACUCCAUACAAUAUGGCUCAUUUCAUAUUGGAGUUGAGUAUCCGCUGUUUGGUAGUAGUGUAAAUGUUUCUUCAGGCCCAGAUGUUCUAUAGCAUGGUAAAUGCAGUCUCUGCAUUGCUAAUUCUUGACGUGAUGUCACUGUCAGAGCCACGCCGUUUUUCUACCGUACUCCACAGGUAGAUGAAGGACUAAAGUGGGUGUGCGGCCAUCUUGUACAUUUGAGGAUAAGAAUGUAAACAUUUCUUUAACUGGAUUGUUUCUGCCCGAAACUUACCAAAACUGUUGCCAAAAGAUACAAAAGCAUUAAAUAUGAGAUUCUACAUGAUGUUUUGUACGCUGCAAACAAGCACAGGACAAUGCCUUUUAAUCACUUAAAAAUGCUGUCGAACUGUGCAGCUAUAUACAGACUUAUUUUGAAGAUUUAGAAAUCUGAAAAGCUAUGAAGGGGUUCAUUAGUGUCCUCUCUACGUUGAUAUAGAGAUGGGGCUUCCACUCCAGUGAUUGCUCGAUGAAGAUACGCAAGCUUGGGAGGUCAUUUAAAUGCAAUGUUGACCGGUCUUGUACUAUAACAGACUACCAAAUGAUAGUUACAGCUAUUAAUAUCUGUAGUAAAUAAUGUAUUAAUCUUUAAACAUGUUUGAUAUACACACAUAUUUGUUUGUGCCUGUGCGAACAAUAUUUCUUCUGGGUUUUUUUUCAAAUAAUUUUAGCUUCAUAGGAGCAACACAAAGCAAUGAGGAACUGGAGAGUCAAUGAUUGAAUCUUAUUUAAGUGUUAGAUUUCAUAGAGGAAGCCAGCUUUCGCCACAAGUUUUCAAUUAAGUGAAACAAACUUCAGUGUUGCUGGAUUUGAUAUAUAAUACAGUGAAGCUUUAUUCCUUCACAAAAUUUUAACACCCAUCAAAUUCUGCUGAUGACUUCUCGAAGAAGACAGAAGACAUUAAAAGAACAGGCUAAAGCAUCAGUUAGUCAGAAUCAGUAAACGUCAAAGGCUGACACUCAAUCAGUUUGUCAUGACAAAUAGAGGGAGGGUUCAUAAUGUUUUCUGAUUUAUACCAUCCGUAUUGUUAAGAGACAUGUCAAAUCUCUCCAUAUCAGAGCAAACAUCAAUUCAAAAUUGCUUUCAGUUUCAUGGCAUCAGCAAGCACCUCCUUUGGGAAUAUUGCUGGUGUACACAAGGCCAUCUUUAAAAUUUGUUUAUUUGCCUUCAAUCUCCAGAUCAACUGACAGAAAAAGCUUGU